AUGUCUGAUCCCAAAUACGCCAAGUCGAAGUUCAUCUCCAAGGCUCCAUUGGAAAAUAACAAUGCCAAAUGGACAAGAUUAGUUCUUACUACUUACUCCGAUCCGAAUGGCGUUGAGAGGACAUGGGAAUCGGCGGAGCGUCAGACCCGCCCUCCAACCUGUGAUGUGGAUGGCGUCGGAAUCGUGACUGUUUUGAACAAGCCUACAGGCCCCGAGCUGCUUCUGCAGAAACAAUACAGGCCGCCUAUCGACAAGGUGGUGAUUGAGGUCCCUGCAGGUCUCAUCGAUGCCGGUGAGACUAUCGAGGAAUGUGCGGUGCGCGAGCUCAAAGAGGAGACGGGCUACGUCGGAGUGGCGGAGCAGACGAGCCCUGUCAUGUUCAAUGACCCGGGUCUUUGUAACACCAACCUGAACAUGGUCCACGUGCGCGUGGACAUGUCCCUGCCUGAGAAUCAAAAUCCCAAGCCGGAGCUCGAAGAUAAUGAAUUUAUCGAGUGCUUCACGCUUCCCCUUGAUACCUUAUUCGCGGAGCUGAAAAGACUGGAGGGGUUAGGCUAUGCCAUUGAUGCGCGAGUGGGAACAUUAGCUGAAGGAAUCGAGCUGGCUAAGAAGCUGAAGCUUUGA